CCCGUUCAUCGAUUGCAGUUGCGCAACGAUCACAGCCUACAGCUAACAACCUUACGGAGUCAUUGAGCUUGAUCACUCAAACAACCUCGCCGUCUUAGCUUUGGCGUUCAAAGCUUGCGUCUGAGAAAUCAUCGUACCAGAUCGUGAGGCGCAACCGAGCCUUCCGACAGUCACUCGGAAAGAGCACCAUGUGGUGACUGAUCAGCGCGUCCAAGUGGACAUGGACUCUUUCCUGAAGGAGCAGGUGCCAUUGCACAAGACCAACAACGAGAUUAAGACUUCUUGGCAAACCACAAGUCACUCUUUCUCUCGUCAAGAGCAGAACGAUACAUCAAUGAAGGUCCGCAAUGAGAUAACGUUGCGGCGGGGGAGGAGCAAUCAUGAGGUCAGAGACGCAACGUCGGUACUACCUUACCCCAAUGACCGCGUCGCGUCUACUGUUCAACUACUUAUCUAUCAACAGUCUCUCCCGUCGUCUGCUUUCUUGUCUUGCUUUGCUGGCUUCAGUGAGCUUCUGCUGGUGGCUGGUUCGAACGUCACCUGUCAACUUCCGUUCAAUCUUGGGCGACAUGCAGUUUCGCGAUGGCAACAGUGGCCUCCAGGCCGUCCUGGGCGCCACCCUCGGUGCCUUCAUCGCCGGCCCAGUCGUGGCGGCGUCGUCCAGCCUGUACACGCCUUUCGCGCCCAUUGAUCCCCAGGACUGGGUCAACCCGGACAACAUGACUUGGGGUGACUUCAUCCCGCCGCCAGGCACGAAUUGGUCGGACCCGGCGCGCAAGGGCUCCAGCCGCAACUUCAACAUCGCCCUCGUCGUCGUCGACUACCCCGAUAGACCAUUCGUCAUCACUCAGCCGGCGCACUCGACCAUCUUCAACAACCCGCAACCCGCAGGUGCCGACAUUCCUCGGGAGAACGUGCCGACCUUCUAUCGUGACCUCCUCAACACGCCGACUGAGCUGAACAAUGGCCACACCCUCCAUGAGUACUGGAUGGAGGAUUCAGUGGGCCGUUUCGGAGUCGAUCUGACAGCUUUCGGCGCAUACCAACUUUCUGGCAACGGCUACCAAUACGGAAUCGAUGGCGGCUUUAACCCCGGCGCCUGUCCCGAGGGGGAGACUUGUGAUCUGAACAUCCGCACCGAUGCGCUUGCUGCCUGGCGCGCCGAGGUCGGAAAUGCCACCGCCGAUGCUUUUGAGCUUGUUUUCAUCCUCUCUGCCGGCCAAGACGAAUCCUCCACAUGGCAAGAGUUUGGCGAGAUGAAGUUCAACAGCCCUGAUGACGUGCCAGAUGAAUUCGGCCCGCCCAAGGAGGCGAGCAGCUCGCAGACUAACUAUGCGCGCACGCGUUACGUUCCCUGGACAUCCUGGGCGGCGGCGUCGACGCUCUGGCCCAACGCUGGCGGCGGCUCGUCUACUCAGGGCGAGAGCUCUGGCAUGGCAGUCUACGCUCACGAGCUGAGCCACUUGCUCGAUAUCGGCGACAACUACAACAACCCAUACGGUCUUCCUCUGCGCAGAGCAUACACUGGGCCGUGGUCCAUGAUGUCGCGUGGCUCGUUCAACGGUCCCGGUGGUCCCCAUACGCGCUGGCAGAUCCCGGCGUUGCAGGGUGCGUCAAUGGGCUCAUUGCACACGCUGCGCGACAAGUUUCAGCUCUGGUUGAUUGACAAGACUGACAUUUUGUGGCUGUCUCGCGAGGGAUUGGCAACAUCUGGAGUCGCUGUUGCUAACCUGGUUGCUCGAUCUGUCGACCCGGGCGAUGGAUUGAUGGGUGUCCGCAUCAUCAUGGACGGCGACCGAUCCCCAGCCUGCAACAUCACUACUGAAGUGCUCUGCGACGGCGGUAACUGGGACAACUACGACAUUGAAGUCGUGGACCGCAUGGGUUCGGACUCUUUCCAGCCCGAUUCCGGCGUCCUGCUCAGCAAGUCCAAAAACGUCGAUAACCAGCCCUUCCAGUGGGUCAUUGACGCGAACCCGGAGGAUAUUGAGCUCAUCGACUUCUACCGACCCAACGGCUCCGUGGCGAUGAUCACCCUCGGCGACUAUCGUCAGCUCGCUGAUGCGCUCUUCCACGCAGGCACGAACUCGGGCAGCGAGUUCGAGUUCAUUGACGUGCCCAACAGCUUGCACUUCUACAUCGUCGACCGUCACCGCGAUGACGAGGGCAUCCUCUCAUACACCGUCGCCAUUCGCUCCCUGACAGGUGAAGGCGGCGCGAGCACCCACGACGUCUCGCUGGAGAACGGUGCCGUCACGGGUGCCAAGAACGGCACGGCCAUCGGCCAGGGUGUUACAUGCUCAUUCCAGUUGACCAACAGCGGCACCUACGUCGCGGUCGACCCCGACGCGGCCCAGCACCCCGAGGACGUCACUGCCUUCCUGGGUUCAGACGUCUACAGGCUAAGCGCCGAGGUUGAGGGCACUGGCUGGCGUGUGGAGCUGCCCAACGUUCUCGUCACGGCCAAGUUCGGCGAGAUCAAGACGGCGUACGUUUCGGUCGGCGCUGCGUCGGACGCGGCGAGCAAGGCGGUGGUGACGCUGAAGGCGACGUCUGAAUCUGAUCCGUCUGUUGCGGCGACAGCGCAGUGCCAAGUGACUAAAUCAUGAGGGGUUUACUUGCGCCAGGGAAAACACAUAUACCGGCAUUCUUACCGUUUCGAACAUCGUUAAUCGAAUACUUGCCUAUUACGGCGUUUCUGAAGUUUCUCAUGCAUGAUCGAGGCCCGCCAACGUGGGGUUCUGCCGUGACUCGAUGCAAUGCAGUCCCGCUGCGGGGCCGCUUAGGGCUAAUGAACCCGUUCCCACGCCUGAAUCUCCAUCAAAUCAUCACGAUCAAUAGCCCAGAUCGUCUAGUUGGUUAGGAUGAUACGUUGUGGUUCUUCUAUACAGCGAUCCGUGUUGACGGCGGUUCGAAUCCGCCUCUGGGCA